AUGCAAGGCAGCGCCUUCUCUGUCAUCAGCGGGCACAUCUACUUGCCUACCCGCCGCGAGCCUAUGGAGGGCGCCUGUGGCCGUCUCUUGAAUCAGAAAGAGGCAAUCGCUGUGGAUGAGGAGUUGAUGGCCUCACCGGGCUUCAGUGUGGAUCAACUCAUGGAGCUUGCAGGACUUUCAGUGGCCUGCGCAGUUGCGACCGCCUUUCCACGGGAGCAGUACGGCACCAAUCCUGCCGUGCUGCUGGUGUGUGGGCCCGGCAAUAAUGGAGGAGAUGGCUUGGUUGCUGCCAGACAUCUCUAUCAUUUCGGUUAUGCUCCACAUGUCAUCUAUCCCAAGGCGAAUCAGAAAAGUCAACUCUUCGUCAACUUGACUACGCAGCUGGCGCAACUGUCAGUACCGGUAGAAGCAGCGCUCCCGGAGAACUUAGAGAGAUACUGCGUGGUCGUGGAUGCCAUUUUUGGAUUCUCCUUCAGCGGUGCGGUGCGUGCACCCUUUGAUGAGAUCAUCAGGAGAUUGUCUAGUGGUCCCCCAGUCCUUUCCGUGGACAUCCCUUCUGGAUGGGAUGUGGAGCAAGGUCCUCCUGCAGAGGGUGUGACCUUGCAACCAGGUUUCUUGAUCUCUCUGACCGCUCCCAAGAUGUGUGCGGCACAUUUCAAGGGUCGCCACUUUUUGGGCGGUCGCUUUGCUUUGAACGACCUGGAGCGCGCCAACGCGGAGCUGGGGGCCCUCCUGCCUCAGCUGCGACAGGUGGUCGAAUUGCCCAACUGA